ACCUACUUUGUGUAUUCGACAUUCUAACCCUUACAAUGUUGGAAUUUUUAAUCAGUUUAUUUUUAGAUGGAUUUCUACUUCCAAGUUUAGUCGCUUUAUUCUUUCCAAAGAAUUAUGUGUUGAAUUUUAUUUCUUGUUAUCUUCAGCAAACUUGACAAUGUGGAUCAUCAAAUGUUCUUAUUUCCUGGUUGCUGCUUUUAUACUUCAAGCUAGUUGUAACACUAAAAGAGUCCAUGAGAUGAAGGAUUGGACAGAAUGUCAGUUCGCUAGUUCCUGUAUUUGCAAAAACAUGCAUGAUUCAGAAGAACUUCAAGCGGAUUGUUCAAACAAAAAUCUACUUCGUAUACCUACAUUACAAAACAAUCUUCAAGAUUUAUCGCUACGAAAUAAUGCUAUCAGUCUAAUAAAAGAAGGGAUUUUCGAAGGAAAUCAUUUAUUGAAGUUUUUGGAUUUGUCUUUCAAUAGAAUAAGUAAUAUACGCAAAAACACAUUCAAAGGUCUCAAAAAUUUACUUUCGUUAGAUCUCAGCGCCAACAAUUUGAAAUAUGAAAACAUGUCGUUUGAAAGUUCUGCUUUUCAAUUUUUGGAGAACUUGAAGAUUUUGAAUAUGAAAAACAAUUUUCACACUUCAUUCUUGCCAGAUUUAUGGAGACUUCGGACACUAGAAUCGCUGUCUAUAGAUUAUAUAUCUGACAAAAUUGCAGUUCUUACUGAAAAUUUUAUAUAUUUGAAUCACCUAAGAAGUUUAGAUCUAUCCGGUUCUACUGGUAAUUGCACAAUGAACAUACUUACACAGGCGACAUUCUUGUCUCUCUCUCAAAUAACCCAUAUCAAUCUGUCCAAAUGCAAAAUACAAUAUAUCUACAAAGGAACUUUUGAAAGUAUGAAAAAUAUUUCGGAGCUUGAUGUCUCUUUUAAUACUUGUUUGAGAUUCGCGGUGCUUGAAAAUAUAACCACAGAUUUACAAUAUACCGCAAUCAAAAUCCUGAAAGUAAACUAUAUUCAUAGUACUUUCGAAAUGAGCACAAUACUGAAGACUUCACACAUUCGGAAUUUAAGAAACACAUCACUUGCUAGAUUUGAAGCCGCUGGAAACCGUAUUCAAAGAGUAGAAUAUGGUGCUGCAAAGUACUUUCCUAAAUCAUUUGAAAGUAUUAAUGUAAGGGACAAUGCUUUUUCCUUCGGCAAAUAUCUCUUUGAAUUAGUUAGACUACAAAUAACAUCUUUAGAUAUUUCAGAAAUUUCCUCUUCACAUAAUGUUCUCACAUGCUACAUGGAGACAUGUGAUUCUCAAUCAGAUACUUUUACAAUGAAUUCUGAAAAUAACUGGUUGUCUUAUUUACGUUCACGCUUUGAUUUCAAGAGAAAGAAGUUUGAUCAUUUUGUUGCCCGACUUCCAGUACCAAGAAAACUAAGGAAACUUUCACUUACGUCAAGCAAAAUGAAAUUUGAAAUACCAAAAUUCGGUUUCAUCACAAAUGAAUUAACAAAUCUUAAUUUUAGUGACAAUAUCUUGCACACAUGGACAGGCCCUAUAACAAAUGUAAAUAAUAUGACAGUUUUAGACUUAUCGUCGAACUUUUGUUCUAAUGUUUCAAAGAUAUUUUUCAGCGAAGACUUUAUCAACUUAAGAUAUUUACUGCUACAAAAUAAUCUCUUGGGACUCAUUCUACCAAUGGAUGUCGAUGGAGAAAUAUUUCAGAAUCUUCAUAACGUAGUUCACAUUAAUCUCUCGAAAAAUAAAAUAGCAAAUAUACCAAAUCUGUUAUUUAAAAAGCAACAAAAUCUAGAAAGAUUAGACCUCAGUGAAAAUAUGAUUGAUGAUAUAAACUUUAAACUUUCUCAUCUGAGAAAGCUCAUGUUUCUUAAUUUAAGGAAUAAUAGAAUAUCUAGGCUGAGUAAAUAUGCCAUGAACGGAUUGGACUCAAUAGCCAAAAUGAAUACAAAUCUCACUAUUGAUCUUAGUGGAAAUAAUCUUGUAUGUAAUUGUGAUUCUCUGUCUUUCGUCAAAUGGAUAAUUGACACAUCCACUUAUCUUCGUCAUCGGGAAGAAUACGAAUGUAAAACAUCACAAAACCCAAUCAGUCUUCUUCGAAACCCUAAAGAAGUUUACCAAACCAUACAAAAGGAAUGUAUGUCAUAUGAAGGUUUAAUAAUUGGAUUAACGACAGGAAUUUUGAUGUUUAUUUUUAUACUUUGUGGUGGUAUUGUUUACAGAUACAGAUGGAAACUACGCUAUCUUUACUACAUGGUCAAAGUUAAAUGGCAUGACCCCGAACAUAAAUCCGUCAACAAAGAUGAAAGACUAUACAUGUAUGAUGCUUUCGUGUCAUACGCAAACGAAGAUCACACAUUUGUCCACACUACACUUCUUCACAAAUUAGAGAAAAAUAGUGGAAUUCAGUUGUGCUUGCAUAGGCGGAAUUUCCUACCCGGAAAUGACAUUGCCACUAAUAUUACUUCCGCAAUUCAUAACAGUCGGAAAACAAUUGUCAUAAUGUCUUCAAAUUAUUUAGCUUCGUACUGGUGUAUGUUCGAAUAUAAUAUGGCUAAAAUGGAGAGUAUCUAUGAACGCAAUUGCGAGAACAUCCUUUUCCUAGUAUUUUACGAGCAAAUUCCUGCUUGCGAUCUUCCACUUCAAAUACUCGAACUUGUUCAUUGUCAAUCAUAUAUUGAGUAUCCGAAUGAUGAGUACGGGGAUGUUGUUUUUUGGGAACAGCUUCAAAGGGCAAUCAAAUCCCACUAGUAAAUAUGUCCUCUAUUUGACGCUACUUAUUGCUAAUUAUGUACAAGGACUUCCGGCAUACAUUUGUCUUAUUAUUUAUGUUUAAUUAGAUGUUUUGUCUAGACAAUAUGCAAAUAUUUUAACUUCUGCUCAUAAAGAUCAACCAUCAUUGAUUUAGCAAAUAUAAAUUAAUGAUUCCCUUUUCGAGUAAGUAGACCAUUUGUGUUACAAUUUCGCCAUACUUACCAAAUACAUGUAUAUAAAACAUAAUUAACACAGUGCUUUAAAGAACCGCUUGGAGUUUAAAUUUGAAUAAGAAAUUAGCCAAAAUUUAGUUUUUUCACCAUCAAUUAUGUUGGUUAGAUGAGAUGAUGUUCAUUUGUUCAAAACUAUUAGGCAAAUAUUCGAAUAAAAUUUAUAUCCGCGGAUCGCCUGUUAUGAUACAAACUAGUUAAAUCUUAACGUAGUAAUAAAAUAACCUACUAACGUUUGACAAUAAGUUGUUGGACCUUUAUUUGUAUUGUUAUAAUUAUCGUUCUCAUUAGCUGUGGAUAAUGUGUAAAUGCACAUCCAUGCCAGGUCUGAAUAUGGACAUACCACCCUAAGCAUUGAGUGUAAUGGAAGUUUUCAUGCUCUCUGUACGUUUAAAAAACCUCAAAAGUGUGAUCUGUAAAUUGCCUUGUUGUAAUGUAAUUUGUUGACCUAUUCAACAAGUUGUCAUUUUCCAUAGGAAGUGGACAUCAUCCUCCAAUAAUUCGGUCGGUUAAUUUGAAAGUACCUGUCAAAUGACGAAGUUCGAAUUCGUAACCUGUAUUGAGCAGUUUGUGGAGCAGAGUAUUUGUUUAUCCUUCUUUGGCAAGAUUAUUCAUUUUCAGUUUUUAUCAGACUUAAGUAUGUUCGCUACUCUUUUUCGAAAUAACAAGCUAUUUAAACGACUGUUAUAAUUUGAUAGUAUGUAAUAAAAGGAACUGAAAAAGUUGGAAAAAAUGAAAGGUCUGUGAGCUUGUUUCGAGAUAUAAGCCAUUGAAAAUUUGACGUUAACUGAUUAUCUAUAGAUUUUUUUAUAUAUAUAACAUUGGCACAAGAUUUUUUAAAAUGGCUUUUUAAACAAUAUGCUCUAACAUUAUGUAAAGAAAAGUAGGGGUUAGCGGGAAACAUUUUUAUUGACACUACAAGGAUAAAACUACAGGAUUCCGAACAUCUGACAAAAAGUCAAAGAUAAGAGUAGCGAACAUCCUUAACACGGUUCGAAAAUUUUCCAAAACAGAUUACAAAAGUUAAGCGUCAUGCGUUUCAUUUAUGUAUGAGUACCUUUAACUUCUGUAUUUGACCCCUUAUCGUUCCUGAUAUAUAACAUCAAUGUUGGGGAAACAUUACAGUUCAUUUUAGGUAGAAGCAGUGCUGACGAUAUUACAGUAAUAAAUCAUGACAUUCUAAUGCAAAACUUUUGAACAACAAUUUGGUCACCAUUAUGAAAUGGUUGACCCAAACGAUAUAUUUAUGUAUGAACUCACCAACGAUAUGCCUUCGCGGUCGUUGAUUAUGUACUAGAAUCAUGGUUGUUCGUGUAUUUGCAAACUACCUAAUAUAUAUUUUUAUGGUUAGCACAAACUUUACUUUUUGAAAUUCCUAUCCAGGUAAUUGCUUGUGCUUUCUGGUAUCUAUGAUUUAAUGUGUAGUUUUCUGCAGCCAACACAUAAUCCACCGUCAAAUUUUAGACACCAAACCACUGAUGGCUAUAAAUGUGGCGAAGGUCUCAAAUUCCACACAAAUGUGACAUUUCUGAAAUUUGAAAUUUCAAUAUCAAAUAGUUAUGCUAUGUACAUUGGGACAGAACCGAAUGCCCAAAAAGGCCUCAUAUAAAAAAAUAGUUUGAUCAAAAAUGUAUGCUGGUCAACUGGUGUGUACCAAACUUAACACACAACUGAUAAACAAAUCCGGAAAGGUUGGUACACCGGGUUAGUUUGUUAUCUUUGUCAAACACUAUACCGACGUGUCAAGUCAAUAAUUUUAUUAUAAAAUCAACUCAUAGAUGAAAAUGUUCUGGUCAAAGUUCAAAUCUGUUGGUUAAUUCGAUUAUAAACUUUCUAUCUAGAUAAAGAAAAUUAAUUUUAAUAAGAGUUCGAGGCGGCUCAGCAAUACACAAAAAUAUGCAAAAUGGAAGAUUUUAUUCUCAAAUGUAACCAUUAAUGAUAGGAAAAAACAUUUUUCUUAUUUUAAUCGUGAAAUUAUUUUUAGUAUUUAGUUUCACACCGAAUUUGAGCAUGCACAUAUUUCACGAUGUGUAAAUUGUCGCCAAUUUUACAAUUUAAUCAAUCGGUAAUAAAGAUAUAUUUCAAAUAAUGUACAUUUAUAAUUUUUCCUGUUUGUUAUUCAUUAGAUAAAGGUAGUCCAAUUACAAGUUAUCAGAAGAUUUACAUUAAACUAAAGAACUCCACCCCAUUUAUGUGUUUUAAUUAAAGCAGUAAUGCUAUAUAUGAACUAGGGACUGGACAGAGUUGAACUAUUUAUGGAUAAGGAGUAAAGAAAGAAGGUAUAAAACAAAACAUAAUAAAAAAAUAAAAAAAAUUUGCAAAAAAUUAAGGACAAAGAAAACUGGUUUAUAAAAUACAUAAGGCAAUAAUGAGGAAAAGCCAUCAAGACGUUCGUGCAUAUUAUGAUUUAGAUUUCUAUUCUUUUGGUAUUAUAAACAUUUAUACCGUCACUUAUAAAUCACUUUUAUGUUAAAACAGCAAAUGAUUACAAAAUAACUUUAAACUUUGUCCUUGAACAGGUAAAAAAUAAAAGAUCUAGAUAUCGAAAUAACGCGUGACUAAACUCGUUUCAAAACAUACCACAUACUGGUGGGUGAUUGAACGGAUUACAUUGUAUCGUGUGUCAUUAAAUAUGUUUUACCA